CCGUUGGAGCGGCGCGAUGGCGGCGGCGGCGGAGGAGGCGCGGCUGCUGGCCUGGCUGCGCGGCCCCGCGGCGCCCGGUGGGCCCGAGCUCGCGGCUUACGUGUCCGAGCUGGCGGCGCUGGGGCUGGCGGAGCUGGGCCGGGAGCCGGCGCGGCUGGCGGCGGAGCGGGCGCGGGUCGGGGCGGAGACCCGCCGCUUGGCCUUCGAGCACUACCGCGCCUUCAUCCGUUCCGCCGAGUGCACCGGCCGCGCCGGACACGGCUUCGGCGGCAUCGAGAGCCGCCUCGGGAGCCUGCUGGAGCGCCUGCCCGCGCUGCAGGACGCCUGCCGGAAUUUCAUGCGUGAUGCCGAGGAGAUCGCCUGCAGCCGGCGCAUGAACAGCCUGACGCUGAACCGGCACACGGAGAUUCUGGAGAUCCUGGAGAUACCGCAGCUCAUGGACACCUGCGUCCGCAACGGCUACUACGAGGAGGCGCUGGAGCUCGCUGCCUACGUGCGACGGCUGGAGAGGAAGCACAGCACCAUUCCUGUGAUCCAGGGCAUUGUGGAGGAAGUGCGCCAGUGCACCCAGCUGAUGCUGAACCAGCUCAUCCAGCAGCUCCGCACCAACAUCCAGCUUCCAGCCUGUCUGCGGGUCAUAGGCUACCUGCGCCGCAUGGAUGUCUUCACGGAGGCUGAGCUGCGCAUCAAGUUCUUGCAGGCACGGGAUGCGUGGCUGCGUUCCAUCCAGGCCUCCAUCCCCGACGACGACCCCUACUUCCACAUCACCAAGACCAUCGAAGCCUGUCGCGUCCACCUUUUCGACAUCAUCACCCAGUAUCGCGCCAUCUUCUCCGAUGAGGAGCCGCUCCUGCCCGCCGAGGGUCAGGCCCUCAACGAGGGGGCCAUCUUCCACAGCUGGGUGCUGCAGAAGGUGUCCGAGUUCCUGCGGACGCUGGAGCGCGACCUGCGGCGUGGGGUGGGCGGCCGCCUGGACUCGCUGCUAGGGCAGUGCAUGUAUUUUGGCCUCUCCUUCAGCCGGGUAGGGGCCGAUUUCCGUGGGCAGCUGGCCCCCCUCUUCCAGCAUGUGGCCACCAGCGCUUUCAGGAAGGCGGUGGAAGAGGCAGUGGAGAAGUUCCAGGAAGAGAUGAAUUCCUACACUCUCAUCUCUACGCCAGCAGUGUUGGGGGGCAGCGCGGGGGUCCCGGUGCCCAUGGCCCAGCCAGGGACGCUGCAGCCUCCCAUGGUGCUGCUGGACUUCCCACCCCUCGCUUGCUUCCUCAACAGCCUCCUCGUCGCUUUCAAUGACCUGAGGCUCUGCUGCCCCAUCGCCCUGGCACAGGAUGUCACCACCUGCCUGGAGGAUGCGCUUGGUCAGGUGACUAAAACCAUCCUGGCCUUCCACCGUGCGGAGGAGGCAGCUUUCAGCGGGCGGGAGCAGGAGCUCUUUGCCCAGUUCUGCACGGCUUUCCUGGAUGACCUGCUGCCCUACCUGAACCGUUGCCUGCAGGUCCUCUUCCCGCCAGCACAGAUCGCACAAGCACUGGGGGUGGACGAGCGCGGGGAGCCGGUGAGCUGGGAGGCAAAGGGCUGGGCCGCCCGUGUUGUCCAGCAUGAGAUGGACCACCUGGAUGGCAUCCUCUACAUCGACCGCAUGGACACACGCACCUUCGCCAAUAUCAGCUGGAUGGAGCUGAUGGACUGACGCCUUCGGGCCUCAUCCCACUGGAGAAGAGCUGCAGCGGGGCCCCGCACCGGACACUGGCCAGAGGGGCAUCACGGCACUGCAUGGGCUCCUACUCACCAUUACUACAGCCAAAAUACACACUGUGAAGCCUC